AGAAGAUAAAAGACAACAACAACAACAAAAAACAAAUACACAUUCAGUUAGGGUCAGUUACCAUUACUGAGUAUCCAUGGCAUUAUGAUUAUUAAUCGAUUAUUAUUAUUAUUAUUAUUAUUUUGAUUAUUACCAAGAUUAUAAAGUACUACAAGUAAUUGAGAAAGGAUCAUCAAUUAUUUUAAUUUCAAUAUUUUCUUAUAUUAAAUAAUGAUUAUUAAUAAGAAGAAUAUAUAUUUUCAUUUCUUAAUUAAUCUCUUAUUUACAUGGAAGUAUAUAACAUGUAUGAUAUAUGAUUUUCAAAGAUAUCCAUUUUCAAAUGAUGAUGGUGAUGAUGAGGAGUUUCAAAAUCAGUUAAUUAAACAAAAUGAUUUCUUUAUUGGCUUUAAUGAAUCCUGGCCAUUAAGAAAUGUGAACGACUAUUUAGGAGUGGUAUCCUCUAUAAAAGCAACGGAUCAAUCCGCUUCAAAUGUCUACGUUUUACAUCGUGGUGAUCGAGUAUGGGAUCAAAAUACAUUUGAUGAUCGAGAUAACUACCGUCUCAAUAAGUCUGAACCUAUACAAAAAGGAGUUUUAGUACAAAUCUUUAAUGGAGAGAUUAAAAGAACCUAUUUUCCUUCCAAAUUCUUUCUUCCUCAUGGGCUGACAAUAGAUCCAGAUGGAAAUUUCUGGAUUACAGAUGUAGCUUUACAUCAAGUUUUUAAAUUCUCGCCAAAUUUAUCAAGUGAACCAUUAUUAACACUUGGUGAACGUUUUAAACCUGGUUCAAGUGAAAAUCAAUUUUGUAAACCAACAGACGUAGUAGUUUCUACAAAUGGACAAGUUUUUAUCUCUGAUGGGUACUGUAAUAAUCGCAUUGUGAAAUUUAAUGAAAAUGGAGAAUUUCUAAAAUCAUGGGGUUACGAAACAAAAGAUUUAGAAUCUCCAGGACUAUAUGAUUUAAAUCUUCCGCAUCAGUUAUCUUUAUUGGAAGAAGAAGAUGCAAUAUGUGUGGCAGACAGAGAAAACAAACGUAUUGUAUGCUACACAGCUGGUUUAUAUUCGACAACAUCAGAUAGUACCGGUGAUUAUCUAUUUGAGUACAAACAACCAGAGAUGAGACCAAUCUAUGGCAUUGCCAUUGAACCUUCAACUAAAUUAAUAUUUGCACUUGUGGGCUCUACACCUAAUGAAGAUAAUUCAUACGUGGAAAUUAUUGAUUUUAAUUCACAAGGGUUAAUUGGUGAAAUCAAAAAUCAAUGGAAAACAGGAUUCGGUAAUGUGCAUUCUAUAACAACAUGUCCAUAUAACAAAGGAAUAAGUUGUAUACUAUUCUGUAAUACAAAUUUACCAUCACAAUUAAAUCAAUCGAUAUUAUCAAAUCAAACUCAAAGUAUUUCUAAAUAUCAAGAAGAUUUCAAUCAUGAACAAUUUGAUAGACGUUUAUGGCUUUAUUAUUUAAGAUUUAACUCUGAAUACAAUUAUUAAAUGAAUGAAAUCAUUGUCAUUAAUCUUAUAAUGGAAUAGUAAUGAUAGUCAAUAUAAAUAUAUAUAUAUAUAUAUGGUUGAAACAAAUCACUAUUUUAUGAUCUUUUUUAUUGAAAAUGUUUUGAUUGGUUCAUAUUAAC